AUGCAAAUUCAGGAGGACCCCAGCUGGCAAGACCCUAUCAUUGACUACUUAGCGAAUGGGAACUUACCAACGGACAAGUCCGAAGCGAGGAAGGUCCAGCAGAAGGCACGAGAUACUGUAUGCACGAUAGCAAGCUCAUCUGCAUAUCAUACUUUGGCCCUCAUCUCACCUGCAUAA